AUGUCUCAAUUUAGAUACGUAUUUAAUCCACCUUCUCAAGGUUUUCAUACAAAAUGGUUGGAUUUUGUAGGAUUCCGUUCUUGGUUAGCGCCAGUUCAUGGGGAUAAAACUAAGGCUUGGUGCAAUAUUUGUGGACGUAUGUUUCGUGCAGAUUUAAAGGUGUUACGAGCACAUGGUGUAAGCAGAAUCCAUUCUCGUAAGACGGUUACUCCUAGUCGUAAACCUGAUGAAGAUUAUACCCAAGUAUUAAAAAAAAAGAAAACAAAUAAAUCUAUAAUUGAGUCAGCUACAUUUUCUCCGGAUGAAACAAAUACUUCGGAAGAAAUUAAAACAUUUGAAAUGGAAAAACAGUCACAACAUGGAAAAUAUGUUGUGGUAUCACCUAAUGCAAAUGAUGGUCCUCAUAGUUCUAGCUCAGAUACUCAAUACGUACAAAAAGAUGUUAAUGUAAUUGACAAGUCCAGUAAUUUGGUGUCUGUGGAUACUGAACAUUAUGCACAGAAAAAUGAAGGUAAAAUUUAGAUUACUCUUGGUGUCCUAGCCAGAUUUGCAAUUAUUUUUAUUUUUAAAACAAAUUUGGUAUUAAUUAAGUUAGAAACAUUAAUUUAAAAAAAUGUAUGUAGGUCAAAAAAGGCAAUUGUUAAGUGAGAAAAUUUAAAAUAUACACAAACUAUUAAAAAAGAAUUUGAAAAAUAAGGUUCCCAAAGAGAGUUUUCAUUUCAGGUUCGAAGGUCAAUGAAUUAACAAAAUAUUUUUGUGCAUGUACUUGUAAAAUUAUAAAUUAAUUACAUUUCUCGGAAUAAAAUAAUACCUAUGCUUAAUCUAAGAUCAAAUAAGAUAAUUAUAAAACACAAAAUAAAUUUGCUUAUAAUGAACAUAACAUAGCAAUCAAAAAAGUGUUAAUACCAUUAUGAAUGAAACAAAGUUCAGCUAAGAAUUGUAUAAAAAUAAUGAAAAUAAAAUGAGACCUUUAAAAGUGAUGUAUAGAUUGGGUAAAAUUAAAUGAAUUCAAAGGGUGAUUGUCAUGAGAACCAAAAAGUUGCUGAAUAUGAAUAUCCAUAUGUUACAAAUAAAUUAAAACCUAAGUAGGAAGAGAAUGAAGAUUCUAUUGAUGACUUACAUAUGAAAUUUUUGAGAAUUAUAAGUUUGGAUAUUGGGUAUAUUUAUAGACCUCCUUAAGUAUACAGCUUUUGAUUUAAAUUUAAAAAUAAAAAAUAUAGACAUAAAGAGGAAAAUUAAAUUAAUACCUGUAUAUAAUGACAAACCAUUAAAAAAUGUUCACAAAUAAAAAAAAAAUCUAAAAUAAACAAUAUUAAUUAGAAUAAAUGAAAGUUUUAUUUACUAGUAUUAAAUAUUUAAUAAUUCAUUUCUUUUAUGUUAACCAAGUAAAUUCCUAAAGCUAUACUAGUCUAUUAACUUAAAUACUAUAAUUGUAGAUCAUAGUGACAAUACACUAAAUAAAUCAUAAAAAUUAAAAAAUUAAGUUUUUACUGUUUUGAGUUUUUUUUGUCUCUUCAGUUUUUAUAUAAAAACUGUGUUUUUGCAUAUUUAUUUUAAUUGGUCAGAGUUAAAGCAUUUAAGUAUUGUAUUUUGUACAAAAUAUAUCUGUAAACUAGGCAAAUUAUAAACACAAGUAUUCAUUUCGAUAACCAUAUGUUUGAAGGUCAGAUUUAUGCACAAAUCAGGCCAACGAACUGAGGCGAUGGCAUUUUUAAAACCCAUCAUUCACUGUAAACAACAAUUGCACUAAAAUCCCUGAAAACGAGGGUGCUUUUAGCAAUUUAGCAAUUUCAUUAUGUAUUAUAUAUAAUGAUUUAUUAUGUUAAUAAUUGUGACCUAAAUAAAUUAAUUGUUAAUAAUACGAAAAACACUAUACCAAUGUUAAUUCAAUUAUUAUCAAGUUAAUGAAUAUAUUUGAAAAAUUUUUAAGAUAAACUUUAAUUGAUAUAUAAAUCGAUAUAAUUAUACAGAAUGUUAUAAACCAUUAUCCGAAUGCAUAUUACUUUAUCAAUAUUCAUUUUAUAUAAAAAAAACCUUGCUUUCAAUCAGCUUUUGUAACAGUGGGCACAAAUAUGGACCAUUUGGAUUACAUUAGAGGAUAUACAGUAUCCUACAUAUUCACAUAUAACUUUAAAAUUGCAGUUCUGACCGACUUUAAUAAAAUUAAUUAAGCAACCAUUAAAUGGUUGCUCGAAACAAACAUCUAUUUUUAAGAUUUAUAAUUUCUAUUUAUUUGUCAUACUUUUUUUAUCAUAGGGAAUGCCGAUGAUAUUGCAGUUGUUCUUCAAACAGAGAAAUAUCAUAGUUCAUCUCAUAAUAAAAAAACAGAUCAAAAACAUGAUGGUAUAAAGCACAAAGCCAUUGGUAUAGUAAACAAGAAAAUCGUUUUACUUUAUAAAAGUUACAAAUAUAUAUAUUUUCAUUUAUAGUUUCGAAACCUGCCCCAUUUUGGAAGGCUACAGCUGUUGUGAAUGGAUAUGUAACAGAGUUAAAUCUUAACGACUUCAAAGGCAGUUAUUUGGUCUUAUUCUUUUAUCCUGGCGAUUUGUAUGUUUUACUUAAAUAUUACUUUUAAACUUCUUUGAUUAAAAAAAUAAUAUUCUUGAGAGAAGGGACUAUAGCUUGCGCAUAAAUAAUUAAAGAAAUGAUAAAAUUUUAUUUCUUUUAAUAUUAUUUUAAUUUUCACAAAUAAUAUGUAACAGUGAUUAUUCGUAGCAUGUUCUGUGGAUUCAUACUAUUCCCAUCAAACAUGGUAUCGUGAAUUACAAUCUAAUGGAAGGUAUGCAAUGCCUGAAUUGCCACUACUAUCAGAUCCAACACAUGCCAUCAGUAAAACUUAUGGAUGCUAUUUACCAGAACUCGGCCAUUCUCUCAGGUAAUUUUAGUUUGCAUGGUUGAUAGCAUCAAUAAAUCAUCUAAUAAAAUUUUUUUUUAUUUUUUAGAGCUCAUUAUAUAAUUGAUACAAGAGGUAUUUUAAGACAUGUUACAAUUAAUGAUUUGAAUGUGGGUCGAAAUAUCAGGGAAAUAUUAAGACUCAUAGAAGCUUUUCAAUAUACCGAUGGAAACGAAAGGCUUUGCCCUGCUAAUUGGAACCCAGAAAAACUAACUUUAUAA